AUGGCACGGCAGUCCGUCCGUCCGUCGGUCCUUCCUCUCUGCCCUGCCGGGCUAGGCCAGUGGGCGGCGGGCUGUGCCCCCAGCCCGCCUUCUCCGCCCGCGCUCGCAGCCUCUCUGCGCCGCCCGCGAGUAGCUCGCUCCAAAACAAACAAAAAAAAAGGCGAUUCCGGGAGGUGGCGUCCCGAGGAAGGAGGGAAUAGCCGAGGGGGAGCACUUCCGAGCGUCGGGACUGGGCAGGGACGGCCCGGCUCCGCCCUCCCGCGGGUCUGGGGCGCUGGAGCUGGGGCCCCCGCCUACUCCUCACUCCUUUUCGUCUUGCCGUCGCCCUCACUCGCUCGCGUUGUCCGGGAUGCGGGACGGAGGGAGGAGGCGACCCUGGAAAAAGGGGGCCGCGAACCUCCAGGACUGGUCCCCGGGGCAGCCGCACACUGCCCCCCGACCGUCCGCCCUCGCCGGGAGACACCUAUCGCCGGGAGGGGUCUGAACGCCGCGCGGGGGAGCGCGCCAGCCGCCGCCGCCUUCUCGCCUCCUGUGGUCGGUCACUGCUGCCUUUUCCGUGACGCAAGUGGAAGAAGACUCCACUCGCGAAAGUUUGCAAAGUUCGAGGUUGCUCCCCCCGGCGGGACGCGGCCGUGGCGCCGCUGCGGGAUUAUUUUCCCUAGUGGGCCCCGCGGGCGGCCUCGGCCAAGGCCAGAGGCGUCCUCACUGAAGCUUCCGAGUCCCGGGCGCCCAGCCUGGGAUCCUGGUCGCUGCUGGUCCCAGGCUCCUCGCCAGCCAGCACCGAGAGCAUCACUGCCCUCGGAGACGUCAUUCAGCGGGAGGACAAGACCCCACACCUGCAGCGACAGGGAACAAGCCCAGGCACGACCCCGUUCCGUGUUGCUUUGUGCUGCCGCUGGGGCUGGGUGUUCUGUCCUGGCAACGAGGAGAGAGCGGAGGUCCGGCCUAACUCGGCACAUAAAUUCAUCAGCCUCCCCCCAACGUGGGACAGGAUCCUUCAGAGGAAUGAGCCUUUCUGACGACGUGGGACACAGAUUCCAGGAAUGAGCCUGACCCUGGCACUGAAGAGUUGAGAAUGCCUUUUUGACCAAAAGUGGGGAAAGAAAGACAACAAAGUAAGGUUUCAGUGGCUAAGAGAAUUCAAAUAGA